CUGAAACUGAACUAGUGAGAAAUAAUCACGAUGAGACGCAAAAAGGAUCGCCGGAGAGGACCCAAGUAUGUUUAUUCUUAUGGCGGAGGAGGCAGUGGUGCUUGCUUCAGGAACAGAUUUUCUCGCCAAGAUGCAUUUCAGUUGCUUCUGGGAGAUGUAUUCCAGAAACGAGAAGAAGAAGUAGAGGAGGAGGAGGAGCAGCAGCAGGAGGAGGAGGAAGAAGGAGGAGGAGGAGCAGCAGCAGAAGAAGAAGAACAAGAAGAAGAAGAAGAACCACAGACGCAUCAAGUAACUGCGGAGAAAACAAUAACCUCGGUUCAUCCUCGAUUUCUAUCUUUUCUGGAGAAAGAUGACUCCUUUCUUUGUCCUUGGAACUGGUGUCCCAACGCAUCACAAGAUGAGGCUUCGAGGAAGGAGACAAUGAAGCAGUACAUGCAAUUGCAACCAGGAUCAUUUUUUCUUCAAGCGAGGUUAUUUGACGAAAGGCAAUCUGACAAAUGAAAAGAAGGCUUGAUGAUGUUGGCAAACAGAUUGGCCUGAUGAUGUUGAAAAAAUUUCUUCCAUCUCCCUAACAUUGUGGAUAGUUGUUUCUACUGUUUGCUUUUUUCCAUCUAUCUUGAUUACAAUGUGGAUAAUUGCUUCUUCUGUAAGCUGCUUAUUUUCCAGCUAGGUUUCAUGAGUAAGGUUUUUCUGUAUUAUAUUUAGAUUGAUACAUCUUGUCUACAUGCUCCU